AAAAACGAAAAGGGGCUUGAGUAAGGCAUCGAGCAUCGGGCAGUGUGGAGAAAGGCACAGCGGCAUAAAGUAACAACACAAAAGGGGGUGCAGAACGCGAUGACAUGUACACUCCACGUGAUACUUCCGGCAUGAUUCAUCCCCAACAGAAUCAAGUUCCUCGGUUUGGACAAGGGUCAAACUUUUUGCGCAACUAUGCCACCUUCACCACCGAUGCCGGCCGCACCACCCCCCAUGGUGCAGAAUCCCAUCAGUGGAACCACUAUCAACACAAGUCCAAGCCAGCUUCAUCUCGAUCCCUUUGUCACUUCGGCUCCGGAUACGUCAGACAAUGCCGUUCUCCCCACGGGGCACAAAACAUGCAAUUUCGUUCAACGUGUAGUCAACCGGACAGCGGAGAAGCUUACACCCUCGCGAUCAGUCAAGCGCACCGGCACCUCACGGCUAUCUUCCGCCCUUCGGCAGAGUAAAGCAGCCCAGGGGUCAGAUGCAUCAUCAGGGGAUGAAGAGGAUGGCCACCGUAAUCCCCAAUCAUCGAAAACCAACGUCUCCCCUACGUCCAUGACGCGAUCGGCGCCAGGGUUCCCCUUUCCAAGCACCGCGUCAUCCUCGUCACAGCAGCAAAUCCAUCAGCAGGCUAUGGCUCAGUCCCAAGCAAGCUUCCGUAGGCCGCCCCUCGAUGGAUCGCUUCGGCAAGGCACACAAACCCUUAUCCAAGCCCUUCAAGCAAUUCCCUGGGAGCAAGACGAUGAUGAUGUCACAACUACUCCGGUGGAAGUUGGCGAAAUCACUAGUGACGAGGAACUCGAUUUUCCCAUCUCAUCCUCUAUUCAUACAAUUCAUCGUUCUCGUGACACCACGAUGCCGACUAUGUUCACUCGUUCCAGACUAGCGCACUCUCCGGACGAUUACUACGCGAAUCAUCCGAGCGAAGACGAGGAGUAUAAAGAGGAGGCGGAUUUCGAUGAAUCAAUGCCCCAAGCGUCUCCGGCAAUGUUGACAGGACAAGUGCUUGUUUCCACCCCACCAGAAGAUGAUCUGUCUCCUGUCUCCGUUGAAGAACCCGUUAGCCCCCUGCGGAUUCAGUCUUCACGCGUCAUGAGUGUGGCCACCGUUCGGCUAAGGAGGCGUGCACAAUUGGCCACGAAGCUUCGGGAAGUUUUCGAGAUACCAGAUAUAACUGAAGUAGUCGCAGAACUUCCAUGUUGGCUGUUGCGUUCAGUCCUCCUCCAAGGGUAUGUAUACCUCACAAACUCCCAUCUCUGUUUCUUCGCACAUAUGCCUGCUCGGGAGGAUCAGGUCCUGAAGUCGGGGACCCUGAGCAAAAGGGCGUCGCACCUUAAACGAUGGAAUAAGCACUGGUUUGUCCUUAAGAAUGACGUGUUGUCUUGGUAUCAAUCAUCCACGGCGAGUCUUGGCCGUUCCCGUUCACUGGACCCCUAUUUCCCCCAUGGGAACGUGGACCUGCGUUAUGCGAUAUCCUGUGAGGCCGUAGACGACAAAGUCUUCAAGCUCCGGACGAACCAAAAAACUAUCACGUUGUCGGCGGACUCUACAGCAAGUCGUGAUGAAUGGGUGAAAGCCAUUAGAAAGAUCAUCUUCAAAGCCCAGAACAUGGGUGAAAGUGUGAAAAUUGCUAUCCCUUACUCUGUCAUAAUCGACAUCGAUCGCUCCAACGCCAUGGACUUCAGUGAAACUAUAGAGGUGAAAGUCAUAGAUCGGGACGAACACUUCACCAUGGACUCGUACUUCUUCGCUUAUUUCCAGAAUAUAUCCGAAGCACUUGAGCAGAUCCGGACUGUCGUCAGCACCCAUCGUGUCUCUGAUGGAGCGGCUCUGGAAGCUGUUAGUGAUACCACUGUGCACCGCACACCCUCUCGCGGCCCUCAGCCGCACGCUGCUCGUUCGGGCGCCACUAAUGAACUACCAACUUCCUUUAGUCCUCCUAGCAGUAGCAGCGGCUUUAGGCUCGCGUCACUCUUACGUCCUUUUUCUGAGGCUCCUAGUUUGCUACGCCGUUCAAGUGGUCCUUCUGAGGCGUCCGGUCCCACUAUCGACUACACACACGUUCUUCACACCUCUCCAACCCAGUCCUCGAGCCCUCAUGCUGAAUCCACCUUAACAUUGUCCCCAACCACCGGCAGCAUAGCACCCUCCAUAUCCAGUGGCUCAUCGGAUGCUACUGCACGACCAAAUGGUUUCACCGCAAAGGGCCACACAUAUCCCCCCGGAACUCAGCUGAUCCCACCGACAACCGAGGUAACAAUCUCAGAGACACAGCCCAUUACCACACCACGUGCCUCAUGGACUGGCGUCGUCCCAAGUUGGUUCAAGUCGCCGUCACGGCGUCUCUUUGUCACUUCGAACCCUUCGUUGACGUCGUACCAAAAGGAGAGUCAUGGUGGUGUCAAGGAAGUCCUUGACCAGCCAAUAGUACAUCAUUCCGAAAGCGAGGAAGGCCAUUCGUCCUCGCUGGAUGGAGGCAAUCAUCUUGGAUUCUCAAUCCUGGAAGCUCCCGACCAUGAGGUGGCAGAUGCAGCAGUUGUCGAGAAAUUCCGUCAGCAGUUUGCGUUGGACGAGAAAGAGACGUUGGUCGGAUAUAUCCCCGGUUCCUUGUUCCGUGUACUUCCUGUUUCUGGGAGACUUUACAUCUCCACAAACUACCUCUGCUUCCGUUCUUCCCAGCCGCUGACAAAAACGAGGAUGAUGGUACCUAUCCGAGACAUCCUGUCCACUGAAAAGCAGAAAGCAUUCCGCUUUGGCCACCACGGAAUGACUGCCAUUAUCAAGGGACACGAGGAACUUUUCUUCGAAUUCAACAGUUCGGAACGUCGGAAUGCUUGCGUCGACCUGCUGGACAGACAAAUGAACGAGCUACGGCAAAAACAGCUUUCUGGAGAAGUCCCUCAACUCAGUCAGGGGAAACGUGAAGCCCUGAUACUCGAAGAGUUCGAUAAUAUAAGUGUCGAAACGGAAGCCAGACCACCGCCUGAAUCUGAGUCGCUGCCUGCAGUGAUGUUUACCUCCACUUCUUCGACAUUCUUAAGUUUCAAACCAACGAAACCGCUUCGCUUUACUUGUUUAACGAUUGGCUCUCGAGGAGAUGUACAGCCUUAUAUUGCGUUAUGUAAAGGAUUGAAGGCAGAUGGCCACCAGGUCCGAAUCGCCACCCACACAGAGUACAAAGACUGGAUAGAGGGGCAUGGCAUAGAAUAUGGACAAGUGGGCGGUGAUCCUGCGGAACUAAUGCGCAUCUGCGUAGAGAAUGGAAUGUUCACAUUUUCGUUCAUGAAGGAGACAAUGCAAAAAUUCCGUGGGUGGUUAGAUGAUUUGCUGAAAACAUCUUGGGAAGCAUGCCAAAAUACGGAUGUCUUGAUCGAGAGCCCAAGUGCUAUGGGUGGGCUCCAUAUCGCUGAAGCACUCAAAAUACCCUACUUCAGAGCCUUCACAAUGCCGUGGACACGGUCAAGGGCGUAUCCGCAUGCUUUCGCUGUACCGGAUAGAAAAAUGGGCGGCGGAUAUAAUUAUAUGACAUAUGUGAUGUUCGACCAAGUAUUCUGGCGAGCUACCGCUGGUCAAAUCAAUAGGUGGAGAAAAAACAUGCUUGGCCUUGAGAGCACGAGUCUGGAUAAGAUGGAGCAGCACAAGGUUCCAUUCUUGUACAAUUUCAGCCCCACGGUCGUUCCGCCACCGCUUGACUGGUACGAAUGGAUACGAGUUACCGGUUAUUGGUUCCUUGACGACGCUGAUGACUCGACGAAGAAGAAAUGGACGCCUCCUGAGGGCCUUGUGCCUUUCAUCGACGGCGCUCAUGCCAAAGGCAAGAAGGUUGUUUAUAUCGGCUUCGGUAGCAUUGUCGUUUCGGAUCCCGAGGCGAUGACACGUUGUGUUGUGGACGCGAUCGUUCAAAGUGGCGUGUAUGCAAUCCUGUCUAAAGGCUGGUCAGAUCGUAUGUCCACCAAAAAGGGACCCCAGCCAGAAGGCGACAAUGCAGAACUUCCAACACCCUCUCUGCCUCCACAAAUUUAUCCCCUUACCUCCGUACCUCAUGAUUGGUUAUUCCCCCGUAUAGAUGCAGCGUGUCAUCAUGGUGGCGCGGGAACCACAGGAGCCAGCCUUCGAGCCGGUAUUCCCACCAUCAUAAAACCGUUCUUUGGAGAUCAGUUCUUCUGGGCUGAUCGUAUGGAAGCGCUUGGGAUAGGCUCUAGCGUUCGAAAGUUGACGGUUGAAAAUCUAACCGAAGCAUUGAAAGCCGCCACGGCAGAUCAGAAGCAAAUCGAUCGGGCGAGGUUGAUUGGGGAGGCCAUCCGUGCUGAGAAGGGUGUGGCCAACGCUAUUGAAGACAUCUACAGAAAUUUGGAGUACGCUCGCAGCCUCAUCAAACGCCCGCCACAAGGCACUCCUCGUAUUCCGGAGUCGGCUCUUUCGACGCCUCCUUCAAGCCCCUCUCGUUUACCUAACAAUGUCUCAUCUACUGCUUCGAAUAGCACGAGCGAGUAUGCACGUGGUACGAGUGAUGAUUGGAGCGUUAUAUCUGGUGAAGAUAGUGGGGGUCUACGACCUUCCUCAUCUUAUCGCAGCAAUGCCGAAGUAUCACAGUCGCUGAGCAAAAGAUAUGGUCGUGCCGGCGCGACUCUAUCUGCACUUGGUGAAGCCUUUUCGCUAAGUAGACAUAAUUUACGCAAAGAAUAGCUACGACAUCACAUUUUUCUGCUCAUCUGGCUUUCGUUGAUGAUGUCGUUCAGCAGUGAUCAUGACCACCACGGCAAUAUAUACUUAAUAAGCUUGUAUCGUUUUAUGCAAUGUUUCAAUUCCCCUUCUUCAUAUUGUCAAUCGAUAGCCCAAAACUUCCACG